GAAUAGCUUGAUUGCUUUGAAAGGGAAGGGUCGUGGGCUAAUUUGCUGAAGUGGUGAAGGGCCUUCUUGAAGGGUAAGCUGUAGAUCACCAAACUACUGAAGCCAAAUCGAGAUAGGUUGCUCGAUCUGACUUUGCCUAACUUGCUUAUUAAUGAGAUUAGAUUCAAACUUAUCCAUUUAUAAAUACAUCUCCUUCUCUUAAACCCAAAUCCAACUUACAUGGAUCAGGAGAAAUUUGCCUAACUUACUUAUUAAUGAGAUUUGGUCAAACUUAUCCAUUUAUAAAGACAUCUCCUUCUCUUAAACCCAAAUCCAACUUAAAUGGAUCACGGGCCAGUCAUGGGAUUUUGACCCGUUUUGCGAGCUGGAGUACCUUCUUUUGUUACGUUCACGAACGCGAGCUGGAGUGGGAGGGUAGCCAUGGCGACCGUACGGAUGAUAGGCAAUUCUUAACAGAUGGCAUGUUCAAGGGAAUUUACAAUGGAAAGCAGUGUCACAAGUCAGAUAUUCUAACUGUAUUAGCUCGGGCGUGGAAUGCCGGCGUCGAACGAAUUAUUGUAACUGGCGGGUCGCUUGAGGAAUCAAAGGAAGCUCUUGCCAUUGCAGAAACUGAUGGAAGGCUUUUUUGUACAGUUGGCGUGCACCCAACCCGAUGCAAAGAAUUUGAAGAGACUGGGGACCCUGACAGGCAUUUCCAGGCACUUUUGUUGUUGGCUAAAGAGGGAAUUGAGAAAGGAAAGGUGGUGGCAAUUGGUGAAUGUGGAUUGGAUUAUGACAGGCUUCACUUUUGUCCAUCUGAAAUUCAAAAGAAGUAUUUUGAGAAACAGUUUGAAUUAGCGGAUGCCACAAAGUUGCCAAUGUUUUUACAUAUGCGUGCAGCUGCUGAAGAUUUCUGUGAGAUUUUAGAACGAAAUAAGAACAAGUUCACUGCUGGGGUCACCCAUUCAUUCACUGGCAGUGCAGAUGAUCGUGAUAAGCUUCUUUCAUUCAGUAAUCUGUUUAUAGGCAAGUUCUUGAGGUGGUGUCUGGCUGUAAAGGUAUCAGCAACAUAGAUCAACUAAGCAAGACUCUGUAUCACAACACCUGCAGGUAUUUUAGUGCAAUUGUUUCAAAUUCUUAUUCAUUUAUCUAUGGCCAGUUUAGGCCCCCAAACUAGGAAAUUAUUCAACAGGCUUCUAGAACUGCUUGGAACUGGAUUGAAUAAUUAUUAUUUUCGCUAGUUUGUCUGAUAGAUGAUUGUCUUCUCUGGGAGUACCAGAAAAACAAGGUGAUUCUUAUCAUGGUUGUGGAAAUGCUAAAUUUGCUUGAAACUAUUUUUUAUAGAAAAAUUUGCUUGAUAUUAACUCUGAUCUUAACUUUAUUUUUUGUUAGUUUCUGAAUCUCUUAAUCACAAUAAUUAUUUAUUUUUCCAGCUAUUAUAGGGGCACAGCUAAUUAUUUAGUCAUGCAGGGUUUUCUUUCCUCACGACUUGGAUUCUGCGGCAGAGGCUCUUCUUUCUGGUGAUCAAAAUGUUCAUUAAACAAGUUUCUAUUUAAUUCUGCUGAUGCAGCUUCUUGCAAUGGUUGUUCAGUUCCUCGAUUUUUAUUGAGGAAAGAGAUUGGCUACAGUUACUUACAAAAUUUUUGGCGUGAGGUGGGGAAAUCAUCUGGAAAGGGGUAUGUUGCAAAAGUUGCAUAAACUUACUGUGUUGUAUCUGGUCAAGUUAAUGUGAAAUCGAUGCCGAUUUUGGAAAUGAAAAUUGCUCUGGAUUUUUUUUUUUCCCGAA